GUUCGGCUUGACUAUCGUUAAGGUGAACGACGCACGAAUGAAGCUGAGUGAAUGCAAGUGGUUCAUUGAGUGCGGGGAAGCGAUCCAAGUUUGCCAUCUACGGCGAUGGAAACCGAAGACGGGACCUGACAAGAAGUUUCUUGUCUCCUUACUACGCAACCCACGACGGAUUGAGUACCUACGGCGAUGUAGCCUUGAGGUCUUGACGAGGCUGAAUGGUGUUGCCGGUGAUUUCCAGAAGCAAUCUACUAUCGCAUUUUUGAGACGGUUGAUUUCACGUACGAUUAGGAGUUGCUAUGGUUGGAGUAUUGGUGUGAAGCUGACUGUGCGUCUGAAGUUUGACGAUCGGAUUAAAGUGGUUGAGGUGAGAAAACUGUUGAAUGAUGUUGUGCUGAAGCUGGACCUUCCUACCUAUAUUGGCAACGCUGCACGAAAUAGGAACCGCAUUGUAUGGGUUAAAAACCCUUCUGCGGCGGAUUUGCUACACAAUCAACGUGAAUAUGCGCGUUCUGAUGUGUUAACCUGUUCUUGUACAGGUCUUCCCUAUCCUCGGAUAGGCGGUCACGUGCAGUGUAGAUUACAAAAUUUAGAUAACGUGCAUCCGCUGUUAUGCAAUGCUAACAACAUACCAAAGUUGCCUCAUCCGGACAAAGGGAGGCUUUUGAUGAAGGAAGUGUGUGAAGGAUUUGAGUGUUGGGCGAACUUUCGUGGAACGCUACCUACGAUCUGUAGGACUGACGUUGACAGAUGUAUGACAGCGAGUGUUGAUGCUAAGAUGAAGUGUUUGGACGUGCGAGUAGUGCGAGAUUUGAAGAUUCGACUCAAUGGGUUAGUUCUGACGCCUUUGGACCGGAACCCAGGGGAGACUUUGGUUCUAUGCCCAAAGGUGUACUACGAAGCUAUGCUAGAGCUCUUUGUACGUAACCCAGGUUACGUUGUGGUCGACGCGCAAGAAGCUUUGGUGAAAGCUGGGAUGAAGGAGGAUGUGACGAGGCUGGGAUUGCAAAGUUUUGUCCGAUGGGAGAAGAAAGGGCACUUUGGAGAGGCAUAUGUGAUGCCGAAAUAAAAGACUUGAUGCGAUAUCGACCUAUCUGCCCUAUCUUCGCUGAACCCACAAUGAGGACGUGCAAAGCCGUAGCAAAGACCCUG